AUGAAGUGCAUGGAGAGGAGCUGCUGCCCACAGGAUGUGAUCCUGGUGAGACACGGGAUGCCUCAGAGGUUUGGCCACGACGAGAGAGAUAUCAGUUCAAGUCUGGUCCCGCCUCCACUGGAUGCUGAUUUGCCGGUGGGUGAGAGACUGGAGCAGGUAAAGGCCUGCCUUAACCGGUCAUUGGUUAAAGGUGCAGGGGGCGUGGUUAUCACCUACGACAUCAUCGAGGUGUACAAGACCUUGGUGCUUAGCUGUGGCAUUGGUCUAAAAGGCAGUUGUGAAGACCCCAAGGUGGCGUGUUGGCUGUUGGACCCUGGCAGUGAGGAGAGGACCCUGGCCAGCGUGGUGACCUGCUUCUGCCCCCAAGAGCUGGACCUGCUAGAGGGCCUGGGGGAGGGGAGACACGCACACACCCACUCCCCACGCCUGAGAGCCGCCACGGAGAGCGUGUUGGUGCACGCUGCCAUGGAGCAGCUGAACACGCUGCUGGACAAAGAUGGACUGCUAGACGUGUUCCGCCGUGUGGAGAUGCGUUCUCAGGUGUGUCUGGCUCUGCUGGAGCUGAACGGGGUGGGCUUCAGCGUGGAGGAGUGCGAGAGACAGAAGCACGUGAUGCAGGCCAAGCUCUCCUCCCUGGAGGCCCAGGCCUACAGCCUGGCCGGGCACAGCUUCUCCCUGACCAGCAUCGACGACAUAGCCCAGAUUAUGUUUCUGGAACUGCGUCUGCCUCCUAAUGGAGACGUGACUGGUCUGAAGAACAAGAGGACCCUGGGAUACGCCAGGAGAGGAGCGGGGAAGGUACGCCUGGGAAAGCAGUUCAGCACCACCAAGGACGUUCUGGAGAAGCUCCGCCCCCUGCACCCGUUCCCUGGGGUGAUUCUGGAGUGGAGGAGGAUCACCAACGCUAUGACCAAGGUGGUGUUCCCUCUCCAGAGAGAGAAACAACACCACCCUCUGCUGGCCAUGGACAGGAUACACCCUGUAUCUCAGACACACACCGCCACAGGCCGAGUGAGCUUCACUGAGCCCAACAUCCAGAACGUUCCGAAAGACUUUGAGAUCCAGAUGGCCACCGUUGUGGGCGAGAGCCCCCCCUCACAAGAUGGCCGCCAGGCUGCCACCCGACCAGGCAGGAGAGGGCGCUCCAGGCUGCCAGCCCCUCCUGCAGGCAGUCCAGAGAAGGAUGAAGCCUUCUCCGUCAGCAUGAGACACGCCUUUGUACCCUUCUCAGGAGGGAUGAUCCUAGCUGCUGAUUAUUCCCAGUUGGAGCUGAGGGUGCUAGCUCACCUCUCUAAGGACCGGCGCCUCCUACAGGUGCUGAACGGAGGGGUGGAUGUUUUCCGCUGCAUCGCGGCAGAGUGGAAAAACAUAACCCCAGACGCUGUGAAGGACGGCCUCAGACAGCAGGCCAAGCAGAUUUGCUAUGGCAUCAUCUACGGGAUGGGAGCCAAGUCUCUGGGGGAGCAGAUGGGCGUGGAUGAGAACGAUGCUGCCUGUUACAUAGAGAGCUUCAAAGCCAGAUACACAGGGAUCCAGUCCUUCCUGAAAGACACGGUGAAGAGCUGUGUAAAAAAGGGCUACGUUCAGACACUGUUGGGACGCAGGAGAUACCUGCCUGGGAUCACAAACGCCAACACCUACGCUAGGGCACAUGCAGAGCGCCAGGCGGUGAACACCACUGUUCAGGGUUCAGCUGCUGACAUCGUUAAACUGGCCACUGUCAACAUCCAGCAGAGACUACAGGAAACCUUCCCUACUGUCCCCCUGUCACAUCAACACCCACACUCAGACAGGGGCCGUAGCAGGACAUGGCCUCGGGUCAGAGGGGCUUACUUCAUCCUGCAGCUGCAUGACGAGCUGAUCUACGAGACCACAGAAGAAGACCUCAUUCGGGUGGCUCAGAUAGUGAAGAGAGAGAUGGAGUCAGCAGUCAAGCUUUAUGUGAAGCUCAGAGCCAAAGUCAAGGUGGGACCCAGCUGGGGUGACCUCCAGGACAUGGACAUAUGAAGGGGGGUUGAAAGUGGCCUUAGACAUACUGAAGUAGGACUUGAUAAGUGUUGCUUUCUGUGUUUUUCUACAUAUAUUUCUGUGUGAUAUUUAUUUUCAACAAUAUACUGAAUGGACUGAAAUGUUUAACAUAUUUUACAGUGUCAAGAUACGUUUUUAUCUCUGUUGUUUACCAAUGAACUGAAUGUAGUAAUGUAUAUGUAUAUUUCUUAUCCUCUAAAUUGUGAU